CGCUGACAUAUUCAGUUGUCGAGGCAGCAGCGGCGCGCGUGUGUGUUUUAUUUUAAAUUUUUUUUAAUUAACCGAACUUUGAUAACAAUUGACAUAAACACCUCCUAUUAAAUUUCGUAACAGAAAAAACAAUAAGCGAGGAUGUUGGCGGCGACGCUUACCACGUUGACGCCGCGGAUGCGGUUCAACUUCUCAAAGCCUAAUAUAGAGAAUAUAGUCUUCAAAAUGCAUUACAAGGCGACGGUGACCCUCCUCCUCGCUUUCGUGAUCCUCGUCUGCGCGAGGGAGUACUUCGGGGAGCAUAUCAAAUGUAUCUCCGAUCAGGGUGUUCCAGAUCAUGUUAUUCAGACGUAUUGCUUCUUCAUGGCUACGUUUACUAUCGUGCGACAUUACAACGAGAGCCUGCUGCAGCAUGGCUUCCUGCCGCAUCCAGGAGUGGGGCCCAUGAUGGAGACGGACAGGACGCUGCACCAUACAUACUACCAAUGGGUGCCGUUCGUGCUGUUUAUACAAUCAAUAUGCUUCUAUAUGCCGCAUUAUAUUUGGAAGAAGAAAGAAGGUGGUCGUGUGAAGGCGCUGGUGGAUGGUCUGCAGUACGCCGGGCUGGCGCUACACGCUGAAGACAUGAAGGUGGGCGCCACCACCGUACCCUCGCGCACCACCAUCGAUAACCAAAUCAACCUCAUCAGGAAAGAUAUCAUAAUGAGGUUACGCGUGACCCGAACGUGGUCGACGUGGCUAGUGACGAUGGAGGUAGUAAACCUGGUGCACCUGAUGCUGCAGAUCUGGCUCAUCGACAUCUUCCUCAACGGUCAGUUCAUCAGUCUCGGCUCCAACGUCCUUUCCUACGGCGACUGGGAACAAAUUGCAGAUCCUUUAGAGACGAUAUUCCCAAAGGUGACAAAGUGCCUGUUCCACAAGUACGGUCCGAGUGGCUCUAUCCAGCAGCACGACGCGCUCUGCGUCAUGGCGCUCAACAUCAUCCACGAGAAGAUAUACACCAUACUCUGGUUCUGGUUCCUCUUUCUGUUCAUCGCCUCCUUACUCGCUGUGAUCUGGCGAGUUAUAUCGUUCUUCAUGUACCGUCGCUCGCUGAAGUUCAACCAGCUAGUGUUCCGGCAAGUCUCCGCCGGCAAGUUUGAUCCUCACAACGUGUUGCAUGUCGUCAACGGCUGCCAGUUCGCUGACUGGCUCUUCUUAUAUUACCUCGCUAAGAACAUGAAGACCUCUGUAUUCCAACAACUUUACGCCCGCGUGGCUGAAGAGUUGGAGAAACGAGAGCUGCCAGGGGACCAGGAUGGUCACGAGGAGAAGGGAGCUGAACCAAUACUCCUCGGAAAGAUCGACUACGCUGAUGAGACUCUGCCGCUGAAACCUGAGAAGAAAGCUUCAUAGUGAGAAGAUGUAGGGAGAGAUUUUGGACUGUGAUUUAUCUAGUGUUAAGUUGUGCUCAAGUUAAAUGAGAUUUAAUACGUCAUUAAACUUAGGAUUUGUAUGAAGAUGCAUUGUGUGCAUUGAAAAGUUUAUUUAUAAUGACGUCAUCAGAACAUAUUAACUGUAUUGUAACUUGGUUUUUAAAGGUUGGUACAACGUUUGUCGAUUGUCAAUUUUAUGGAAUAAUUUGAGAUUGGUUAUAAAUAAGGAUUGUUACCUUAUCUAUGGUCGUUUAUCAAAAUAUUGAUAUGGCGAUGAUGUAAGAGUUUUUGGUCGAAUUUAAUAAUCGAAACAUUCCGUAAGUAUGGUGAAAAUAUUUGAUAUGAAUAUUUAUUUAAAACUAUAAUAGUUUUUUAAGUUAGUUUUGCGAAAAAAAUAUUGCAAAAUUACGAAUUAUUUAUGUAAAGUUGUGUAAUUUACAGCAACAUGGCUCCACUUGUUUUUUUAUAAGUGGAUAAUUAGUGUUGC